GUUACGGAAGCCCAGGAGGGCCCGGCGCGGGCUCUGCUUCAAGGAAGUUAGCCGCAGAAACCCAGAUUGCUGCGGCGAGGAGGUAUCUCGGGUCCAAUGGCGACUGAGGAAGCAAGCGGCAGCGAUGGGAAAGGGCAAGAGGGCGGCGAGACCUCCGUCACCUACUAUCGGUUGGAGGAGGUGAUGAAGCGCAACUCCUCGAAGGAGCUGUGGCUGGUGAUCCACGGGCGAGUCUACGAUAUCACCCGCUUCCUCAAUGAGCAUCCUGGUGGAGAAGAAGUUCUGCUAGAACAAGCUGGUACAGAUGCAAGUGAAAGCUUUGAAGAUGUAGGCCAUUCCUCUGAUGCCAGAGAAAUGCUAAAGCAGUACUACAUUGGUGACGUCCAUCCGAGUGACCUUAAACCUGAAGGUGGUAACAAGGAUCCUUCAAAAAAUGAUACAUGCAAAAGUUGCUGGGCAUAUGGAUUUUCCCCAUCCUAGGCGCUAUCUUCGUAGGUUUCCUGUAUCGUUACUACAUGGCGGAAAGCAAAUCCUCCUGAGGAAACCUUGUUGAAGUCUGGGGAACACAUCCACUUGGGAGUGAAAAUUGGAGACUUGCUUUGAGGGCUACAUUGGUGCCCUCUCCUCGAAUCCUGCCAGUUGUAUUCUUCCCCGUUGGAGCCAAGACAGUUGACCAGACAUCCACCUCCAAUCUGGGACCAGUGUCCUUCAUCUCUGAGAGCCUUACUCCCAUAGUACCUGCUCACUGUCCUGUGUCUUUGCCAGUGUUUCUUCUCUCCACUGGUUUGCACAGUAUCCUUAUAUUUCAAAGUGUGUUAACGAUUGUAAUUCAUAUGUUACAGUGACAUUACUCUUUGGGAAAAAUGCCUGCUUUUCAAUAAUUUGAAUGCACUUUAGUCAUUCUUAACAGGGCAGUACUCUAGUUUUGAAGGUUUUCUUUUUCCAUUUUUCUUUCAAGUAAAUAUUUUUUAAAAUUCUGAUUAAGUUGUAUUAUCACAAGGAGUUUAUUCAUGAAGUCAAGGUGCACAUCUAUUAAAAUACAACUGCCAAAUGAUCUUGUUCCUUUUUAUGUUUGUUAAAAACAGAAAGAACUAUGUGGUUAUCUCCCUUCCAGGCUAAUGUAAGCUGAUAGCUCUUCCCACUCCCUAAGUCCAGCCCCUUUUCUUCCCAAGGGAUGAUGGACAAAACUGUGCCUCCCUUUGAUUUCUUGUGGGUGAGAAGAGGCAAAGGAAGGGAGAGAUGAAUUGAGGUGGUGGAACCCUGGCAAGUUCAGAGUAAUCUUUUGAAAACACUACUUUUAGGACAGGGGUUUAGAAAAGGCACCAGAGCUUCUCUUUGAUUUGGCACUAGUUACUAACCAUCUUUCUCUCUCUUUUUCCUACCUUUAUUUUAUUGAUAAAAUAUGAGUGUAUAAUUAUUAUGUCUGUAGAGCUUACCAGGGAUUCUUGCUGCUGUUUUGUUUAUUGAUUAGCAAUUUUUGGUUUCCUGUUUUACAGAAGAGACUUUAGUUUGAUCUUCUGUUCAUCCUAGUAAAAUAACUUCCAUAUAAAAUGUCACUUGAAAGUGGGAGAUCAUGACAAAAGGUAGUUUUCCAUUUCAAUCUGUAUUUUACCUCCAAGGCUCCAACUUAUGGUUUUGUGCUUUUCCAUCGAGAUUAAAAAAUUGGCGGUUUUUCUCUCCUCCUUGGAUGUGUGUUUCAUUGAAAAGUAGGUUGUCAUUUAGAAUUAUGUUACUGUUUCUUAUUGGCCCAGGGAUUCCUCUGGCAUUUUUUACUCCUCUUUCCCCCUACUGCCCUAACCCCCAGGAAGCACCUGAAUGGAUCAUAUACUGGCUCUUUUCUGCCAGUAGUUAUGGUGAUUUUUCUCUCCAUCUUUUGAAGAUUAUUAGUCUGCUUCUGGGCCAUCAUUCUUUCCAGCAAGGAACAGCUGGGUUCAAGAAGGACUAUAGAUGCUGCUCAAUAUCUUCUCCCUUCCUUCCAGUUUGCCUGGGACUUGAGACAGGAAACUGACCAGCAAACCGAGUCUGCUCAUGCAAACUAUUCAAGAAAAAGUUCAACCCAGGUCUUGUAUCCUGGGACUUAGCAGUUGAAUGAAUUCAGAAUUCAUCAAAAUAAUAUUAACCUUUUUUUUGCAUACUUGGAUAUGAUAUUUUGGAGUUCUUUCUGGCUGUCUUUUUAUAUAUCUGAUAUGGGUAUAAUCAAACUUUUAUCUUUAGAAAAUAUUUGUAUUAUACGAUGCUACUUUAAGAAAUUGAAUUAAAAUAUUUGGUUGUUAUGUAAUAAGUGGUAUGACUUGAUGUACCUCCAUUUAAAGAUAAGGAGGGGUUGUCUUGAAUAAGGAUUGGUAUGUAAUUUCUAUAAUAAUUAAGUUGCAUGAUUACUUGGAUUGGGGUAGAGGUAAAGAACAAAGGAGUAUUGAGGAGCUGGAAGUGGAAUGUUCAAAGCUAAAACUAAGCCAGAAGAUAACUUGGAUCAAUUAUAAAAGUGUGUUGGCAGUAUCUAAAAUUGAGUGAAAAACACCUGACUUACAAGAAAUGCUGAAGAACUAUAGUCUUAAGUAAAAUUGGUGUUUCUGAUAUUUCUAGGGGAAACACCAAAUGGUGUGUUUCAUAUUGAUAUAUUUUUUUUUCCUGUUUAUAUGUGGACUUAACUUUUUACUAAGAGGCAGAGGGAAAAUAUUUUCAGACUUUGUCUCUACUGUCCUUGAAAUCCAUCUAGGAUCCAGGGCUUCUUUUGAAGUACUGCUAAUGUUAUGUCACUUUUGUAUUAUAGAAAAUAGUUUUAAAGCCCAUUUGCUGUGUAUAAUUCUGUCUAUAUAAGCAGCCAGGUGAAAGAUAGCUUUUGAGUGAGUUUGCAAAGGUUUUUCUAAAACAAUAAAUUUUACAGCACAGUAGCCAAAUCUGCCCAAAAGCACUUUGGUUUAAGAAGUAGAUCUGUAUUUUCUAUACAGUCUUGGCAUUAGUAGGUCAUGGAAUCCCCCUCUGAGAGCACAUGGAACUAGUUCCUGUUGUCCUCCCCACCCUCGGACCCGGGGUGUUCAUCUGUUGGUAUUUCUGAGGAGGGCCACCUGCUGCUGCACACUGUACUAUACACACAAUGGCUGGUGCAGACAAGGAGGAGAUGAUACGGAUUUUGUGCUACAGUAUGUUAGGGCCCAUUCCCCAGAAUUUUCCAGCCCCUGACUCUUGGGAAUUGGUUUUCAUUUCCAGAUGACUCCUGCAUUUGUAAAGGUAAGAAAGUGAUGGGGGACAAAGUGGAUAUUGUGUUUAAAUCUCCUCAAGUGACAGCUUAAGCAUAAGCAAAAAUCCAUUGGAAUCUAUCAUUUGGGCCUGUGGUGUGGUUUAGCAGUUUUCAUAAAUCUUAGGUUGUAAAAUAAGAACACUGUUGGGUUUAGCUCAUUUAGUUCUGAUGGGGAAUAAUGGAAAAAUGCUUUACAGGCCAGUUGUAUCGUUCCUUAUGACAUAUCAUACUUAAAAUCUCAAGUGAAAUCUACCUGGUUAAAUUUUACUUUAAGAACUGAAUUGCAGAGUAUUAAUAUUCUUUACCUUCCAUCCCAGGAGAAAUGGAUUCAGACAUGUCUUGUCUCAACAAGAAAUCGAUUUUUUAAACCAUCCCAUUCGUUGACAGCUAUCACAAAAGUAUUGGUUUAGUCUCAUUUGACUGCUGUGCUCUGAAAAAGUCAGUUCUGGAAUUUGUGGGGUGCUUGAGGAGGGAGAUUCACCAAAGUAGAGGGAGAUUUGUCAAAUCACCUACCCUGUACCCAACAUCUUAUUCACAAGUUUGAAUAGCCGCUCCUUGCCCACGCUUGUUUCCUACAUUUGCUGUUUGGGCAAAACAUUAUUGGUUAUUUAACUUUCUUUUUACUUCACUCUGGACUGUGAAUGAGUAACAUUAACAUUCCUUUUGUGUAUUCAGUAAUGGAAUUUGUUUACCUAUUUUAUUUCAGCAUAUUUUGAACAAAGAUCUCUGUCUUUCUGCUGGAAUGUGCACACAGUGAAUGUUUGUUAGAAUUAUACACAAUAAAGAUACUGUUUUCCUUUU